CUUGUACAUGUGUAUACUCUUAUGCAUGCGCGUCAUUGACAGAAAUUCUUUCUAUGAUAUGUAAGCAUUUGGAAGUGAAGUUUUUAAAAGAAUAAAACAGAAAAGUAUACGUUUAAAUUUAUCUUGUGUAAUUAUUAAAAUAAUAAUGACAAGUGCAAAAGAAGAAGAGUCCCUUGAAAAUGUAUCUAAUACAAGUCUUGUCGAUUAUUCGGCUAUGUUAGAUUCUGGUCAAUUUGACAAUAAAGAAUUAGGUACAAUGAAAGGUGAUAGUAUAGGAGAUACUGUUUAUAGUGCAAAAUGGAUACUUAAUACACUUAUAUCUUUAUCAAAAGUUCAAGAUGUUGGUUGGACAGAGGAAUUAGAAAAUGAUUUGUGUAUAUUAUGGGAUAUGACUGCAGAAAAAGACAUAGCCAUGUAUUUAUAUGAAAAUGACUAUUUAAAUAUAGUUCAAAUUUCUUUAGAAACUUCUACUGUACCUAGAUUAACAGAGAUAUUACUUGGUAUUAUUGGAAACAUAUGUUGUCAAACGUGUAUAUUGGAAUCAAUAGGAAAUAAUAAGCCACUUGUGAAAAUAAUUUGGAGUAAUCUUUUGUCAGAUGAUACAGAAUCUUUACAUCAGAUUUUUCGAUUAUUACAAGCAGUCAUUUGGGAUAUUAGAAGAAAUCCUAAUUCUCAAUGGGUUGAUAAUAUUAAAGAGUGUGAAUUUUUUAACGACGUUGUAAUUUUUGUAUUAAAUAGUUCUACCAAUAAUGAUUUGCUCAUUACAACUUUAGAUUUACUUCUUUCAAUUUCAAAACUAACCAAUACCAAUUUUAUAUUAGAAAUACUUAACAUGGAAAAAUUGAUUCCUGCACUUUUAGAGUGUUUCAUUCAACUUGUUCCACAACAAAAAUCACAUUUCACAGAUUCAGAAAUAAGAAUGAUUGAAAAAUGGCUUACCAUAAUGUCAACUAUUAUGAAAUUCAAACAGACAAUAGAAAACAGUGACAAUAAUGAAAACAUUAUGAUAUUAAUGGAUAUUAUACUCAGGAUAUUACAACCAUAUAAACAUAAGAGCAAUUUGAUUCCACUUGAUGAAAAUUCUGCAUUGUGCAUUCAGGAAUGUAUUGAAAUAAUAUUAUAUAUACAAAAAACUGAAAUAUGCAUUAUACCAGAGAUCAACAGUAUUAUAAUAAACAUCAUCUGCAAGCUUAAAUCAACUGAUCAUGACGAUUUUACGAGUCAUCUAGAUGAUAUAGUUAUCGAACUUAUUGACUAUUUAGAAAGAUAUUGGGUUGAAAUGUUAGGAUUAUAUACCAUUGACCAGAUAAAAGAUAUUUUAUGUAUUUGCGAUAAAAACAUUGUAAAUAAUUUCAUCGAAUUUAUUAAACAACGACCUAAUAUUUCGCAGCUUAAAUUAGAUAAAUUAUCAGAAGCGUAUUCUUGUCUUUCUUAAAAAA